GCGGGGUCACGGCCCGCGAGUCCCGAGCGCGGUUUCGGAGAGUGCGGUCCCCACGGCUGGUCUGGCGGCCCUCGGCCGGGCGCCAUGUCCCGGAACCUGCGAACCGCGCUCAUUUUUGGCGGCUUCGUCUCCCUGGUCGGCGCCGCCUUCUACCCCAUCUACUUCCGGCCCCUCAUGAGGUUGGAGGAGUACCAGAAGGAACAAGCUGUAAAUCGGGCUGGAAUUGUUCAAGAAGAUGUGCAGCCACCAGGGUUAAAAGUCUGGUCCGACCCCUUUGGCAGGAAAUGAGAAGACUGUGACCAUCCCCGAUUAGGAAAAGAGAUUUUCUUGUGUUUUUGAUUCUGCAUGAAGUACAACCGGACACCUCACUCUCACACAGUGACUGGAGAAGAAAGCCCUGUAAUACCAUAAGUACUACAAAUACUUGUAAACAAAGACUGCACAAGGAUUAAUAUUUCACUGCUUAAGUAUCAAAAGAACUCUGGAACAGAUGGUACCAUUAGGAAGAUUUUCCUGAUGCAGUCAACUUUCCAAGAAUGAGGGUGUCUUGUCCAGCUGUAUUUGGAGGCAGUCUGCUUAUGACCAUGUCAUGGCCACGUACCCAAGUAAGCUGUGGUAUGAAAAUAAGCAACCAGUGGAUUUCAGAAGGUACAAGCACAUUUUACCACCUUCUAAAUCAGAGAUUCCAGUAAAAAGCUUCCAUGCUGAGCUGCCUCUAGGGCUCUUUGCAAAUACUCUAGCAGAAAAGCUCUUUGAGGACAAGGGGCUUGGUUCUGUUGAAAAAUAAACAGGUCAGGGUAACCAUUUCUUGUUGAAGAUUCCAGGUUAGAAAAUAAAAAAAAUGAAGCAAGUCAAGCUAGAUGAGUACUCAUGCAGAGAAAUCAAGGAUGAAUUAACAGAAGUGAAAACAUGUGAAUUAAAAUGAUUUAUUUUUACUUUACAA